UUAGUAUUCUAUUAAUUUUUCUCUCGUCUUCAGUCAUUUCUAUAUUUUUCUCUCCAACCCAUGCUUCUCUUUGCUGUCUGCUAUUUCUUUUUUAAAUUAUAUUUUACAAGUUUUCAUUCUUUUUUGCUUUUUUUUGGAGAAUUAAUCAAUUAAUUUGUACUAUUUUAAUUGUUUUUGGGUUUGGUUGUGUUUUGAUCUUUGGUAUGUUAAAUUUUGUAGCGUUUUUCAUUUUCUGAAUUGCAAAGCUCAUGUUUUCAUUAGCUCAGACUUCCAACUUUCUGUUUUCAUUAGAUUUCACUAACACUUAAAGAACAAAAAAAAGAGAGUUAUUUACAUUCAAUUUUUUUUUGUUUUUGAUUGUUUUUCUUAGUUCAAAUUUUAAACUGAUAAAGGUUAUGUUUUUAUCUGAUCUUGAUUUGUGGGUUUUAUUAAAAACGUGAACUUCCUAAAUAUAGGAGAAAAAUAUAAACCUUAAAUUUGUUGGGAUUUUAUUUAUUUUGCUUUCACUGAAGUAUUGCAGUAAAGGACUAUCUAUAUAUAUUUUUGGGAUCAAAUCUUUUGAGUUUGGCACUGUUUUGUCCAGAUUUUAAUGGGGUCUAACAUGAACUUCAAGAACUUUGGAAGUGACCCACAGCAGGCAGCUGACGGCAGCGAGAAUAAGCCGCUGGGGAAUAAUCGGUUAACUAGACAGCCAUCAAUCUAUUCUCUAACCUUUGAUGAGUUUCAAAGCACUAUGGGUGGAAUAGGAAAAGAUUUUGGGUCAAUGAACAUGGAUGAGUUGUUGAAGAACAUUUGGAAUGCUGAAGAAACUCAAACAAUGGCUUCUUCCAAUGGUGCCGUAGAGGGAAAUGGAGGGUUACAAAGGCAAGGGUCUUUGACUUUGCCAAGGACACUUAGUCAGAAAACUGUUGAUGAAGUUUGGAAAGAUAUUUCAAAGGAGUUUUCAAUAGGGAUAGACGGGAUUGGAACAGUGGGUGGCACUAACAAUAUGCCACAAAGGCAGCAUACUUUAGGGGAGAUGACUUUGGAGGAGUUUUUGGUGAGGGCUGGUGUAGUAAGAGAGGAUACCCAAUUGGUUGGGAAGGUUAAUGAUGUUAAUGGGGGGUUCUUUGGGGAAUUACUGCUAUCCGGGAAUAAUACUGGGUUUGGAAUUGGGUUUCAACAAGGUGGUAGAGGUCCAAAUUUGAUGGGGAAUAAGGUUUCUGAAGGUGGUAAUCAAAUUGGUAUUCGGGCUUCCGAUUUGCCUUUGAACGUUAACGGAGUUAGAUCAAACCAGCACCAGUUGACUCAGCAGCAAACUCAACAGCAGCAUCAGCACCAGCAACCAAUUUUUCCUAAGCAACCUGUUGUUGGAUAUGGAGCUCAGAUACCUUUACAAAAUGGUGCUCGGUUUGGGAGUCCUGGAAUUAGGGGUGGAAUUGCUGGGAUUGGAGAUCAGGGACUGAAUAAUGGUCUUAUUCAGGGUGCUGCACUGCAAGGUGGAGGGAUGGGGAUGGUUGGUUUAGGAGGGCCAGUCAGUGUUACAACUGGAUCACCUGCUAACCACCUUUCAUCAGAUGGGAUUGGGAAGAGUAGUGGAGAUACUUCCUCUGUUUCGCCCGUUCCUUAUGUGUUUAAUGGAAGUUUGAGGGGUAGAAGAUGCAGUGCUGUGGAAAAGGUUGCUGAGAGGAGGCAGAAGAGAAUGAUAAAGAACAGAGAAUCAGCUGCAAGAUCACGAGCUCGCAAGCAGGCUUAUACAAUGGAAUUGGAAGCAGAAGUUGCAAAGCUAAAAGAGGAGAAUCAAGAAUUGCAGAGGAAACAUGCAGAAAUCAUGGAAAUGCAGAAAAAUCAGGUUGUGGAGGUGAUGAAUAUGCAACAAGGAGCUAAGAAGCAAUGCUUGCGAAGAACACAGACGAGUCCAUGGUGAAAUAAAGUGGUUAUGCCUAUGAUUCUUGGUUAAAUUAUGUAUGGCAGGAGGUUGUACAUAUUUUAGUUAAGGGUGGGUAGUCGUUCUUCCUUUAGAUUCGGAGAGAUGAAUCAGUGCGGUGUAGAUUAAAAAUCUUCCAAUAUUCGUCGUAUUUUUUUUAUAUCUGUUUCUUUUAUGGACAUCAUGGAUCAAUCAGUUACAUCAUAUAUGUAAAAUUUCAGAGCAUCGCAGAGUUC